AACUAAUUUAUAUUUAACAUUAUUGUUUAAAACACAUUUCGAUGUCCCGUUAUUAAAACAUUUACUGAUUGUAUCUUUUAUUUAAUUUAUCCACCUUGGCAGACCACUAGAACAAAAAAAGAAGCCUUAAUUCCUCCUAUGAAAAGGGGAGGGUAAGAUCAGAGAAACUGAACGCAUCUUGCAACAGGCAAAAUACACUAUAAUUUCUGAUAUUGUGGUCAAGUAAAAGGAGGACUUUUAUUUUGAAGCUAUUCCCAUUGUUAGAGCAGUCACUCGACGAUCUUGUCAAACAAUCUUUGCCCUCUUGAACUAGCUGAAAGACUUCCUGUUAGCAACCAGCUCGGGUACGUUUGUGUCUGGUUACCAAAACGGAUACGAAUGGUCUUGCUUUGCUGACUGUGAACGUUGUUAUGGUGUUUAAAACGAGUAUUCCUCGAAAUAAACAAGGGGACAAGCCAGCUGGCCACUUUGUGCAUACGAACUGUCUUGUUAGCGUGUAGCUAGCUAUGCUUCAAGCUAUCCACCGAACGUUUUAUAACGGCAUCUAGCUAAAUAGCUAACUUUACAGUACGUAGCAAGCUAACGUAAUGCUAGUUUUGAUUCUGUAUUUUUGCUAAUCCUCUUGACUAGCUAACAUUAGCUAAAAUUCUUUAUCUCGCUUUAGCGUUAGCUGGCCAGUUGAUUUUAAGAUGAGCAAGCAACUUACAUUUAUUGUUGAGCACCUGAAUAAAGACCCCUUCAAGAAAAACGUUAACCUGAUCACCUUCGACUCACUGGGGCCAAUGCAACUGCUGGAGAUUCUCAACGAUGUUCUGGCUGAAAUUGACCCUAAGCUAUUGAUAUCCGUGAAGAAAUGCCUGACCAAACAGCAAAGAGAAUGUUCACUUUGCUAGGGAUGUUGAAAUACAAACCACCUGGGAAUAUGUCUGAUCUGAGCAGUUUCAGACAGGGCCUGGUGACUGGUAGUAAGCCUGUGAUUCACCCUAUCCUUCACUGGCUGCUGCAGAGGAUCACAGAGCUGAAUAAGAGAGCUUACCUGGCUCGCUUCCUGGUUAAGCUGGAGGUGCCUGCAGAGUUCCUGCAGGGUGGUGUCAUCACUGACACCUGUCACCAGUAUGAAGAACUAAUGGAAGGAUUCAAGACCUACCAUAAGGAGUGUGAGCAACUGAAGAGCUCUGGCUUUUCCACUGCAGAGAUCAGUGGAAAAGUGGACAUUGGUGCUAUGGAAGAGGAGAAGGACCAGCUGAUCAAGCGAGUGGAGCUGCUGAAGAAGAGGAGGCUUGAAGAGGAGAUCAAGUUCAACUCCUACAUGGUGUCUGACAAACUGCCCAAGGAGCUGGAGAGUAAGAGGCGGAUGGUGCAGUACCUGCAGAAUUUUGUCCAGAUUCGAGAAAACAACAUUGAAAUAAAUCCGCUGAUUGACAAAAGAAUAAUGCGAAAUGACCCCAUGGAUGAUAAACUGUCUCUUCAGGCAGCAGGUGAGAACAGUCAAGCACGAGACCUGGAGGGAGACGAGGUCAUCCGGGGAGACGAGUUCAAACGUUUUGUCGGGAAACUGCGCAGCAAGGGGACGGUAUUCAAGAAGAAGAGGCAGGAGAUUACCGAGCUGAGCACGGUCCUGCAGCGGACAGAGGAGAUCCUAAAACAGAGGCGUGAGGUCAGCCAACAGCAACUGCAAUCCAUGGAGGCACAGAAGCGGGUCUCUGGGUACAGUGAUACUCAGGAGGAACUGGAGAGGGUGUCGGCCGUCAAGGGUGAACUGGACGAGAUGAAGGCACGCUCGCUGGAUGACGAGUCUGAAAUGGUGAAGGAACUGAACUCGAUGAUAGAGGAGAAGAAGUCUGCCCUUGCACCGACCAUGAAGGAACCGAGGCCUUUGAGACAGCAGCGUCAGGAGCUAACUCAAGAGUAUGAGGAAAAGAAGACCAAGUAUGACAGCUGUGCUGCAGGUCUGGAGAGUAACCGAUCCAAACUGGACCAGGAGGUGAGAGCUCUGAGGGAGGCGAACUCGGAGGAAAACGUAUACCACUACAUCAACUGCAUGAAAGAGAUCAUUGAGUUGCAAAUGCAGCAAGCAGCAGAUGAGAUGAAGGCCCCUGAUCCGCAAGAGAGGAGGAAAACCAUCAGGAGACAGUACAUGAAGAACGUUGCAGAGCAGGAGUCCCUGGGCAAGAAGUUGCGUGAGCAGCAGAAGGCGGUGAGGGAGAGCCACAGGCCCAACAUGAAGCAGGUGAAGAUGUGGCUCGACCUGGAGCAGCUGAUGGUGUGCAAGCUUGGGUGCUUCCUGAGUGCCCAGAGCCAGGCCUCCAUUGGUCAGGUCAUCCAGGAGGGCGGUGAGGAUAGGCUGGUGCUGUGAGAAUGAGGAGACUGUCAACGCAGGGCUAACUCUGGUACACUAAGCUCUACCACAAUGACCAGGACUUCUCACUCAUCUCACUACUGUACUUCAUUCUCCAGUUAUAGUUCAUCAGUCUGUCUCGCUUUUUAUCUAUUUUAGGUGAGAUGAUUACUUUUCAUCUCUUAAUGUAAUCAAAACAUCUCUGCUUUCAUUGCCUAAAGUUAAAAGGAUUCAAUUUAACCAAUCUGUGUUAAUCCUGGUUUAGUUAGCUAGUUAUGUUCUCUGUGAAUAAUCCCAAAGUAGGAUUUAGUUCCAUUAAACAGAUUUUUCUUCUGUGAGGAGCACCUUCCCGGUGACGAUAUUGUGAGAGGUGCCUGAUGAAUCCAGAACUGAAAGAACACAUGAUCCAGAAGGUGUCUGACAGAUAAGAGGUUUAACUCUCUGGCUCUCUGACUUCAAACAAAUCCUCAGCCUCCAUAUUUUUUGACACAUCUUUAAGAAUACAGCUCCAAUCUAUAUGUCUAAAGAUAACCGCGUACAAAGUGUUGCACUUGGGACGCAGCUGCACUCCGCUAUUUUGGGAAACAACUGCCAUGACCUUGGGCCGAGGAGCUUGCCUUUUUUGGAAAUCAAUUGGACCUCUGUUGAUAUAACAGGACAGUGCAGGGUGAACUGGUCCAGCAUUAUCAUCUUGCAUAUUGUACCAUGGCCAAGUCUAUACCCAUUUUAACACUUAAAAUGUAACAACUACAUUUUUUACAUAUCAUAUUAGCUACAUAAUAUCCUUUUGUACUUCUCAUUUGACUUUGUUAAUACAAAUAUAUGCUUAAAACAAUACUUUAAGAUAAUCAAUAUUUGGUCAUAAUUCUGUCUGACUAGUCACAGACAUCUAAAGGUGAUGGAUAACAGUGAAUGAUAAAUCAAACUGACAGGUUAACUGUCGUCCUUAGAAUAUACCUCUCCUAUUCACAAAUCACUCAUUCUGAAUACCUCUGUCUAUAAAUGCCGCCGUGAAUAAGGGGACAUGUCACUCGCCGUGCCCAUGCCUUAGCUUUGGCUGUAGUGAAGCAUAACUCAAUAUUCUGCUCACAGCCACAGUUAGUGCCAGAUGGAUCAAGAGUGAAUUCUAGAAGGCUACUUGACUGGGAACUGAUUGGCAUAGAAUUAUAACUGAACAACAGGAUUGGCGGUGUGCCACUGGAGGCCUCAUUAAGAAGUGUCAACAGAUGAUAAAUGCCAGUCCUGUUUUAAAGAGCUGACAAUAAUGCCCCCUAAUAAAUACAGUGGGGUGUCAUCUAGUGGCCUUCGCUGACAUCCUUCACACCA